UUGACUGACUCCUGUUUUUCUUGAUCCAGGUUAACAAGUGGCGGCAGCACUGAUGGCUGGUCCCCUGCAGCGGGCCGCAGCAUUCGUGCAGAGACAUAGGACAGGCCUGUUGGUAGGUUCCUGUGCAGGUCUGUUGGGGGCCCAGCUCUCCUACCAUCUCUUCCCAGAUCCUCUGGUUCCCUGGCUGUACCAAUACUGGCCUCAUGGCCAGCCGGCCCCACUUUCCCCAGAGCUGCAGAAACUCUUCCAAGAGGUGUUGCAGGACAUGGGCAUCCCCUUGGACCGUUACUACAAGACCUUCACCACCUUCACGUUCUUGCCUGUGAGUGCUGGCUUCCCGAGACUUCCUGCUGGGGCAGUGGUUGGCAUCCCGGCCAUCUUUCUGGGUGGCUUGGUGACCAACACUGACAAGUCUGCUGUUGUCCAUGGGCAAAAACUGUACUGGCAGAGCCCAGCUGGUACCCAGCUAAGAGAUGCCCUGACCCUGUCCCACGACGCUCAGAAGUUUGCCUUGGCCAGGGAAGUGAUUUACCUGGAGAGCAGUGCAGCUGCCCUGCAGGCCCUGCCAGCUCCAGCCUGUCUGGCAGGAACCUGGGCACUAAGUGUGGCAGCCAAGUAUGCCCUGGGGCUCUAUGGAGGCCCCCUGAACCUCAGGGCUGCCUUCAACUUGGUGGCCGCAGUGGCGGGCUUCGUGGCCUAUGCCUUCUGCACAGAUUCUCUCACUCUUGCCCUGGAAGCCUGGCUGGACCGCCGCACAGCCUCCCUGUCUGCAGCCUAUGCCCAGGGUGGAGUGGAGUUCUAUGAGAAGGUUCUGUCAAGCAACCUCGCCCUGCGCAGUCUCCUGGGCAAGCACGGUGAGGAGCUUUACUCGGCCAGCGGGAACGUCAUUCCCAGACACUGGUUCCGCAUCAAGCAUUUACCCUACACAACCCGCCGGGACUCAGUGCUGCAGAUGUGGAGGGCGACGCUCAACCCCCAGGGCCGCUCUUGAGGCAUCAUCCCCAGGACACUGCUGCUGACUUCAGGGGCUCUCUGUCCCCAGCUCGGGGUCGGCAAAAUCACAGGCUUUGGAGAUAAACAGACUAGAUUCUACUCUCAACACACCGGUUUGGAUCUCAGAGACCUUGAGCAGGUCUCUUCCUCAACUGUAAAAUGGGGAUGGCAGAGUAAAAACUGUAAACUACA